AUGAAUGCAGCAGCCGUAACCGCGAAAGGAUGGACGCCUUUUCUCGUAAACCUUGAAUCACAACAGAGUUGGGAGACAUGUUGUCGCUGUCCUUUGAGCGAUAAAAAAUUGGACAUAGAUGGUGAUUUAUCCAAGGUGUCGAUGCUACUUGCAAAUUAUGAAAUGUUUAUCGGUUGCAAACAUAAUUACCUGCUGUGUGCAGUACGUUUUGUAAAAUUUGGGUCUUUAUUUUCUUUUAAAACUGCACAAUACAGAAGUCGAUACGGAGCAGUUCUGACGGAUAAUUUUGCUGAAAGUGAAAGUACGAAUGAGCAAAUUUCUCUCUCACUACAUCACUCACUUGUGUUUGCACUUUUCGUUUACCCUAAGCUGUGCCAAAUUUGUGCCCUACCCAUUUACCACUUACUCCCUUCUUUAAUAACAAUAUCGAGAGCAGAUAAUCAGUCCGUUUAUAUUAAAUUUUGCUUUGCUGAUUAUCUCCUCUUUGGAUAG